AUGCGUCUCUUUGCGCCUGUAUUCUAUGGCACCACAGUUAGGGCACAGUUUUUCGACAAUGACCAAGGAAUUCAACAGAACAGAGACUGGCUUUUACAGCUGAGAGAAAGUCGACUCGCGGGAACUACAUGCUCAAACUCAGUUGGAAGCGAUUUUGACAAACUCUGUUCUGAUAACAAUUCAAAAAACUCGUGCAAUAUGGCGAAACUCUGUUGUUGGAAUGGGGUCAAAUGCAUAGGAAAAAGCCAAAACGCAGGAAACGUCGCCCAAAUGAUCGUCGACUCACCAGAUUUUCAAGCAGUGGCAGGAGAUGCGAAGAAGCCAAAAUCGUUCGAGGAGCAGAGUUUUGUCAGAAAUACACUUUCAGAUGCCUUGCCAAACUUCGAGAAACAAGACAACGACGCUGUUUCUCUCGAAGCUCGGUCCGCCUUUCUCACUGGUUUCAACGGCGGAAUGGAUAUGUUCGACAGCAGAAUGAGUUUACUCAGUGGAUCAGGACCCCUCAAUGAUUAUUUAUCCUGUCCCGUAAAUAUCCCUUUCUGCAAUCGUAAGAAAUGCACGAACAUGUAUGGCCAAGAUCCUCUUACAGCAGGAGAGUGUUUCUCCAUCCCCGGAUGUUGCUUUGAUCAUAAUUUGCAACUCUACAGAAUGUCAUUUGGCCAAACUUUCAUGCGAGGAACUCCUGUUUGCUACCAAGCCAUCAGUACUCCCAUGUACAAAGUAUUCUCCGGAGCAAUGACUUUCCAACACCCUUGGUUCAUGCAACCCAUUGUCAACAAAAUCAACGACUUCGCCGAUACGGACCAGGGAUACAGACUAAUGAUGGAAAUGCACCAGUGUCCGAUGAAGGGGCAAUUGACUUCAGCAACGCUUCGAUUCGAGCAGCAACUUUCGCAGAUUUGGCCAAUGUAUACGACGCUUAGAUUCAAGGGAUCACAAAUAAUGGACGAUCUUCUUUACUCCCUUGCGCCGUUUUGUGGAUGGACUGGUGUAACAAAAGGCCAGUGCAUGCUUGUUGGCUGCUGCUGGUCGGAAACGACAAAUAGCUGCUUGAGGCCGGUUGAUCUAAGCUCUGGAUUCCACAAUAGAGAGACUGUAUCCCAAGCAGCCAUGGCCGUUCUGCUCAAAUUUGGCAAAGAAAGUGAACAACCUGGAGGAUCAAGAUACGGCCAAAUCGUCAACGGUGGCAGAUCAAGCGCUACUGGAAUGGAAGUCCAAGCACUGUUCAAAAAACCGAAGAACGAAUUCGAGCGACUUGGAAUGGGCGAGUAUCGGGACAAAAAUGGAAAUCUUUUGAUGCCAGAUUGGAGCAUGCCUCCAUCUGGUGGAAACAACAAUUUCUUGAAUUUAUCCGGCCGUCGUCGACGUCGAUCCGCAGCAAAGUCGAGAAACAGACGGUCAACAUCGUCAAAACUGUCGACUCUUUGCGCGAAUCCGAUGAUUCAAAUGAUCCCCAGUAUGAGCACGAUGUGCACUAAAAUUGACAUGUUGAACGUUUUCAAAACAGGAUUGUCAGGUAAAUCUUCUGACAAGAAAUCUGGGAGUAAAGACGGCUCUCGACAGGGCUUGAUGGAUAUGAUGAUUGGCCCUAGCUUUGGUGGAUUGAACCAGAUGAUGGCUAAUUCUGCUGGCACUAGCGGACUUGACUAUGCGUCUCUUUUAGAUAGUAGCCAGGAUCAAAGUCUUGUGAACAGACUAUCGUUGAUGCAAAUGAUGAUGCCAAAUAUGAGACCACAGACAAAUGCAUACAACACUUGGAAAAAUCAGCAGCAGACCCAAUACGGCCCAUUCAACCAAAUAAACGGCCAAUACAGUCCACAAGCAAUCCAAUCCACUCCAAAUAGCUUGACGGAAACCGGGUCAGGCAGCCAAUUUACUGGUAGCUCUUACAGAGCUCCUUCUAUUUCAUCCAUGUACAGUCAGUUUGGAAGCAUUCAGAGUCAGCAAUGUCCCGCUCACGACGAAACGGACCACAGCGAUAUGCAAUCAUGUCUGGCUCCGUACAGCGCUGAUACAACUCCGACUUUUGAAGAGCUUGGGCAAGAUAAGAUGGCCUGCGCAGCAAAGGGUUGUUGUUGGGAUAAUGACAUCAACAGAGGAGUCUUACUUUCGAAAGACGUUCUUGAGCGACUUUGCAUGUGGAAAGUACCGAUUGCCGGGGAGCGAUGGGGUCUUCCGACUCUUGAUACUUCUAUGGAAGGUUGUUGCCGCCAACAUCCAUGCAGAACGAUCCCGCCAAAGCCAGUCGAUCCUCAGAUGAAUGUGAGACAAGCAGCGUACUCUUCUCAAACUGCUCCAAAAUUUGAGAAUGCUCCCUUCCAGAAUGCUCAACCUCAGACAAAUCAAUUUCAGCCAAUCCAACCACAAACAAGUCAAUUCCAAACUAAUCAGUUUCAAAGCAAUCAAUUCCAAAAUUCAAACAACUUCGCCAGAACACCGCCACCAUCCACUCGACCAACCACGACUACUCGCACUACCACAACAACGACGACUCGUACGACUGUCAGAACAUAUCCUACCUAUCAGAAUCCACAACAGUUCCAACCAGCAAAUCAAUAUCUAAGCCAGUCAGGAAUGCGGCCAGUCCCUCCCCAACAGCCACAAGGAUAUCCAGUCCAAAACGUCCAAAUCCCCGACCAAUCAGCUUAUCAACCCCUUCAACCUGCGUAUGAUAAUAAUUCGUACAGUAAUGUUCGACCCGCUCAAGUUUACACGACUCAAAAACCGACCUAUGUUGAGCUCAAACCUGCCUAUGAUCAGCAAACUUACAAUAACUUUGGCCAAGGAUCUGGUAGAAUCGUUGCCACUGUUGUUGACUCUACUAAUGGUGCCAGAUCUGGCCCAUCAACCAGUGAUUCUGAGCACAAAGGAAGCUCAUUAGAAUGGUCCGACUGUAUUCCAAACGAAUCUAAAGCUGGUUGUGGACCAGGUCUAAGGACAAAAGGAGAAGAUGCUAUCUCUUGCAAAAUCCCAUGCGAAUGGAGUGACAAGUGGGUCCCUCUGACGAAAUGCUCAAAGUCGUGCGGCCGGGGCGUAGUAACCCUGACCAAACGCUGCCCAGUCAAAGGCUACUGUAAAUUGGAGAAUGGCAAGCCUCCCAGACGAAAGUCUUCCUGCAAAGUUCGAAAUUGCUGA